CUGAUGCGGAAGUGUCCAACAGAGGAAGGGUUCUGGCUGACGUAUGUAUGUGCACUUUGAGCACUUUGUCAUCACGUUAAUAUAGAUACAAUAAAUUCAGGCACUAGUAUAGAUACGCAGUUCAGACACAGAAGUGUGUAGUGCAGCUAUGUCGUUCAGCGGAGAAGCCGUGUUUCGGGCCGUGGAGGCACCGCUGUUCUGGCUCGGUGCUCUGACCGCGGCCUGGUUGUCUCUGUGCACCGUGUACCGACUGCUGUCCGGGUUCAGGGUGUGGGUGCUGGGCAACGGACGGCUCCUGUCACCCGCCAAACUAGGAAAGUGGGCAGUUGUGACAGGAGCCACAGAUGGGAUUGGGAAAGCAUAUGCAGAAGAGCUCGCCCGCAAAGGAUUUGCCAUUGUGCUGAUCAGCCGCUCUCAGGAGAAGCUGGAUGAUGUAUCCAAGGCUAUUGCCAGUAAAUGUGGUGUGGAGACAAAAACAAUUCAAGCAGACUUCAGUGCUGUUGACAUCUACUCUAAGAUUGAAGGAGGACUCACAGGACUGGAGAUUGGAGUACUGGUGAACAAUGUUGGGAUCUCCUACCCUUACCCUGAGUUCUUCCUCAGCGUCCCCAAUCUCGACACUUUCAUUGACACCCUGGUCAACAUUAACAUAACAUCAGUGUGCCAGAUGACACGUCUUGUUUUACCACAAAUGGUGGAGAGGAAGAAGGGAGCCAUCCUCAACAUCUCGUCUGCCAGCGGCAUGUACCCUGUUCCUCUUCUUACUGUCUAUUCUGCCUCCAAGGCAUUUGUGGACUUCUUUUCACGAGGACUGCAGGCUGAAUACAAGAAUAAGGGGAUCAUUAUUCAGAGUGUUUUGCCAUUUUUUGUUGCGACUAAGCUGAGUAAAAUCCGACGGGCUACACUGGACAAGCCCAGCCCAGAGCGCUAUGUUGCAUCUCAGCUCAACACUGUGGGGCUACAGACCCAGACCAAUGGCUAUCUGCCUCAUGCCAUAAUGGGUUGGGUGACUACAGCUCUGCUCCCAGCCAAGAUCCUCAACAGCCACGUGAUGGGGAUGGGUUUGUCCCAGCGCGCUCGUUACCUCAAGAAGCAGAAGCAGGGGUAGACGGAUCGGUGGAGGCCAAGACAGAGGGAUUAACGACUCGUCCGACUACCAUCAUCAUCAUCACGGACCCGAGCAGAUGAACGUGACAGUUUCUGGGCAAACAUCUCAGUUUUGUCUCCCUCUGAUAUUUGCUAGCUCAUAGAUGAUGUGAGGCAGUAUCUGGCCACAUUAAAAGCAUUCAAUCCAAACAGUUGUGCAAACAAUAUUGAUUAAAGCGUUGCUCUUUACUAAGUGAACAGCUUUAAUGAAUGGGACACUAAUGUUAAAACUAAAACCAACAACAACAACAAAAAAAUAACCAUCUGUCUGCAAAGCGUAAUCAAAAAAUGAACCCCGCGGGAGAAGAUUUAAAAGAUUUGGACGUGUCUGUUGUUUCAGACCUCCUGUGAGUUUGUGGACUAGCUUCAAGCUGCUUAAUAAAAACUGGAGGCGCUUACUGUUUUGAAAGCACUUAGUGAGUUAUCAAGACUUAUGAAAAGUUUAUUUUUUCAACCAUUUCUACUGUGAUGUUAAAAACGUCCUUAAUUCCAUCAUUGUUGUCGUCUGCAAACGCACAACUUUCUGUUGAAAAGUACCACAUGCUUAUUCAAAAACAUCCUUUUUUUUUUUUUAAACUUCCUCUACUGUUGAUGGGUUAGCGAAGGUGCUGCUUGUGUCAUUUAACCCAACUAUACAUUGCGUGUAUAAACAUGAAGAGCAUAGAGGGAGAGUUUGUGAUGGUUAGAAUACUAAAAAUGUGUUUUGUUUACAGUCAUGAUUGAGUUUCCGUGUCAUUCUCACAGCACACUUGACAUUCCAAAAAUGUAUUUUAUUCCACGAUAAAUGAGUGGGUGGCUUGUUUUUUUUUUCUAUGCAGUAAGUGGGUCACAUCAACAUUUAUCUCCAUCUUUACAGACGUUUUAUUUUUAUUUUUUCUCAAGUCUUGGAUUCGCUGAAAUGUUGUACCCCAUGUACAGAUGAAGUGAAGCAGAAAACAAAUUCUAAUCUGACAUUUGUUUGACAUUCUUUUGUGACUUUUGACUUCAUCCAGUAUGGCAGUAGUGGUCUCACACAUUACUUGCUUUGUUUGGAGUAAUCUAAAUGUUGUUAAGGUGUACUGUCGUUGCAGACGUCAAUAAAAAUGCUUUUCAACUAACUUCA